AAUAUGUAAGAUGAUAUACAAGGGGAGUUUCCUGUCCUAAUAAUAGUAUCUGAAACUUUUCUUCUCUUGGGAAAAUGGAUUCCAUUAGACAUUCCCAUACUAAUGGCAUAGUGGACAUAAAGAAUAUGUCAGCAUUUGUGUUUCUCAGACUGUGUCUUGAGGUUGGGACGUCAUUGGAAGUUGGAGCGAGGAGGGACAUAAUGGACUUAAUAAAUAUACUGGCAAAUCAAACAAGAACAAAUUUUGACCUUAUCAUGACAAGUGGAAGUCGACGAGAAGGAUUCCGACUAGAGGAUUCAGAUUUAGACGUUAUGUACUGGCCAGAUACGUACCGUGUGAUCUGGGAAUUACAUCAGUUUCAGUAUUAUAACAUACACAGAAAAAAACUGAUCCUCUGUGACGUUUCAGAAAGCCCGCCAGGAUUCACCUUGUUAUAUGUACUCUCUCCAUGUUUAUACAGUGAAAUCCAGAGAGCGUGUGUUAGAAUGAAAAACAGAUAUUAUGUAUCUAGUUCUAAACACAGACAAAUCCAGUGCUCUAUGGAGUCUCAGAGCUCCACUCUCCACGGUCCUUGUGUGAGUAGAUAUCAUGGAAUGCUAGGAUAUGAUUUUGUCCACUGCUUUGCAUCGGAUAUUUGGCCUCCAUCUGCCUCCUCAUGGAUAGACAGAAGUAAUUCAUGGCCCCAGCCUCAUAUUGUUGAUGACAUAGUGAAAAGUGGAUGUCAUUUUGUAGCCAUUGGACAUAAACUAGGAAGACAUGAAACCAAUGAAUGGAGAAUUUCUUUUUCUUUGGCAGAACAAAAACUUGUGUCUGCUAUGAAUCACUGCCAGUUCUUAACAUAUGGCUUGCUUAAAUCAUUUUUAAAUAGAGUAAUUAACAAAGGAUUAGGCGAUGAUGAAAAAUUACUGUGUUCCUAUCACAUGAAAACAGCAGUUUUCUGGGCGAUUCAACAAAAUAUGUUACCCCAGUGGUGUCCGCAUACACUCCUUUAUUGUUCCUUGAUUUGUUUUAAACUCAUCCUCAAAUGGGUGUAUGAAGGGGUCUGUCCUAACUUUUUCAUUCCCAGUAACAACAUGUUUCUGAGUAAUAUUUAUGGUGAAGCCCAAAACGCUUUAUUUAUUAAACUGCAUACGCUAUAUCGGAUGGGUAUACAAUCCAUGAUGGAGACUCUGUCGAUUAUAUCCUGUAAUGGAUGCAUGGCUUUCCUGCGUGAUCCAGACAUAUCCUUUUGUGCAAAAAAACAUAUCCAGUUUUCUGAGGCUCAAUUUGAUGUCAAUUUAUUUCGUGAAGUAGAACACAACGGCUCAAUACCAACAUUGAACGUACAAGGAUGCAUACAGUAUUUACAUAUAAUAGAACAGACGUUUGCUUCACCAUUGACACAAAAUCAAGUCAUCAUGCGUCAGAGUCUUAUAAAUUCUGUCCUCCAGAAUCUAGCAUUUAUGUUACAUAUGAAUACUUACACUCAAGAAAACAAAGUGAAGUACAGGGCUGAUAAAAUAUCCUGUCAUAUCCUGAAAUAUGCAGCGAACUUUGGUUGUAUUUCUGACAUGCUGUACUUAGCCAUGUAUUAUUAUAAGACACUUAGAUACAUGGAAGCUCUUUCUACUAUAGGCGUGAUAAAGGUCAAGCUAGCACAGCCAUUUGUGAUGCAAAAUUAUUUUAACGUAGAUGAGGAGAUGUAUAUGGAGGCUGUAGGGGGUCAAUCCUGGUCAACAAAAAUGAGGCAGGCUGUAGCACGGGAUCUAAAUCUGAAUAAUGAAAUUCUUUACAUCAGUGAAUUGAGACCAGAGCAACAGUCCAGUCUAGAAAACCAUGUGCCUUACUUAUAUGUUCCACCCUUUGUAAUGGUAUACAUGCUAGAAAUUUUUUGCUGCACACACGUAGACACAGCCAGAGCACAAACAGCUUUAGAUGAUUUACGGGCCUUAGUUCAUUAUGACCAGGUACAACUUAGUCGUCCAAUUGUCAAAAACUUAGCAUGGCAGAUGUUAGGGAUUUGUCAGCAGGUGACAGGGAACCUCCAUGAUGCUCUUUACUCAUACCAUCAAUCUCUCAGAGAAUUUCAACUUCACAGUAUACAAGGUGCUACAGAAAUGAGAAUCCACGAAAUCUUUCAACACAGUCACUAUUCCAGAUAA